CCCACCGCCUCUUUUUUUUUUUUUACUUCUAGUAGAAGUGCGGAUGUGAGUUGCGUAUUGAUACGGAACAGGCCGCCAGUUUUUGUUUUUUUGUAGCAAUGCGUGCUUAGGCAAUGAUCAUUUUGUGGAGCUAUGAAUCCAGAGGAGCAGACUGUAACGUGGUUAAUAUCACUAGGAGUGCUCAGCUCGCCUAAAAAGAACAUAGCGGACCCGGAGGAGUUUUUGAAAACAUCGUUGAAGGAUGGGGUCGUCCUGUGCAAACUCACGGAGCGGCUCAUACCUGGUUUCACUCCCAAGUAUUCCCAGGAUCCGAGAACUGAAGCCGACUGCAUUACCAACAUCAGGGAGUUUUUAAGAGGAUGCUCGUCAUUGAAAGUGGAGGGGUUUGAACCAGAGUGGUUAUACACUGGCGAGAAUUUUGGCAAGGUUCUGACCACUUUGCUGGCAGUCAACUUUGCCACACAAGACUGUGCUACUGAAAGGUCAUGUUCACAGUCCGGUGGCCACUCUCCUAGUCAGACGACAUCUUCACACACACUCUCCUCUGCCAAAUCCAAAGGCUCUCUGCGUAGACAAUCCAAAUCGGUGGAGAUGUCUGAGAACGGUGGAGGUGGGCAGGUGAUGGUGAAGGCCCGGUUCAACUUCAAGCAGAACAAUGAGGAUGAGCUGUCAUUCAAUAAAGGGGACUUGAUCCAUGUGCUGCGGCAGGAAGAGGGAGGAUGGUGGGAGGGCACACUCAAUGGCAAGACGGGCUGGUUCCCCAGCAACUACGUCCGAGAGAUCAAACCCUGCGAGAAGCCAUUGUCUCCUAAAGGAACUCCACUGACCAAGAACUACUAUAGUGUGGUGGUACAAGACAUCUUGGAACAUGAGCGGGAAUUUGUCAAAGAAUUACAAACCGUGUUGAGUUGUUAUCUACGACCUCUGCAAGCCAGUGACAAGCUGAGCAGUGCAGACAGCGCCACCCUGUGUGGAAAUCUGGAGGAGAUACUCACCUUCCAGCAGGCUCUAUGUGUGGCUUUGGAGGACUGUACCAAAGUCCCAGAGGGCCAGCAGCGAGUGGCGGGCUGCUAUUUAAACCUGAUGUUUCAGAUCAAGACUCUGUACCUGGCUUACUGUUCCAGCCAUCCUUCAGCUGUUUCCAUCCUCACUGACCACAGUGAGGAACUAGACAAGUUCAUGGAGAGCCAGGGAGCCAGUGCUCCAGGGAUCCUGACCCUGACCACCAGUCUCAGUAAGCCCUUCAUGAGGCUCGACAAAUACCCUACGCUGCUGCAGGAGCUAGAGAGACAUGUGGAGGAAGCCCACCCAGACUAUGCUGACAUUGUAAAAGCGACCGCAGCAUUUAGGAGCCUAGUGACACAGUGCCAGGAACUGCGGAAGCGCAAGAACCUGGAGCUCCAGAUCUUGUCAGAACCAGUGCGGGGCUGGGAUGGAGACAGCAUGAAGAGCCUGGGUCAUGUGGCUUACAUGUCCCAGGUCCAUGUGAAAAAUGGCUCCAGUGAGGAAAAAGAGGAGCGCUAUCUAAUGCUUUUCCCUAAUGUGUUAGUCAUGCUCUCCGCCAGUCCCCGGAUGAGUGGCUUUAUUUAUCAGGGAAGACUGCCACUGACAGGCACCACAGUAACAAGACAUUCAGAGGAUGCAGACAAUGCCCACUAUGCCUUGGACAUCACAGGAAGCAUGAUCGAUCGUAUAACAGUGUUCUGCAGUAGUGCCCAGGAGUUACAAGACUGGCUAGAGCACCUUCAGCCCUUUACCAAAGGAGGAAGCCCCACAGGCACCAUCUCAAAGACUGUAGAAGGCAAGCCACAGAGCAUGGUGGGCCCCCCCACUCACCUCUCCCACCUGGGCAGCCUCAGCGCCGUCAGUCGCAGCCCCCUGGAACCGCCAAAGAUCAGCAAGCCCUGGUCUCUGAGUUGUCUGCGCCCUGCGCCCCCCCUCAAACCCUCUGCUGCACUGGGAUACAAAGAGAGGAUGUCUUAUAUCAUGAAGGACUCCAGCAAAAGCCCACGGCCCAUGAAGAAGUUCCUGCCAGGCAAUAGGAAAAAAGAGCGGAAGCCCUCUGAUGACGAGGUUCAAACGAGGAAAAGCACGGUUGCGCUGGAGGAGGACGCCCAGAUACUGAGGGUGAUUGAGGCGUACUGCACAGGAGCCAGCCUGCACCAGAACACCACAGGUGUGCGUUUAUCGGUGCGGAAAGAGUGCAUCCCUCAGGUGCUUCUGCCAGAGGAAGAGAAGAUCAUUGUGGAGGAGAUGAAGAGCAACGGGCAGACCGUUAUUGAGGAAAAGAGCCUUGUUGAUGCUGUGUAUGCUUUAAAGGAUGAGGUUCAUGAACUAAAAAAGGAGAAUAAGUGGAUGAAGCAGUUUUUGGAGGAGGAGCAGAAGUCUCGCAAAGAUCUGGAGAGAGUGGUUCGAAAACUGGCCAAGCAGAAGAAUGAUUCUGCUUGGGAUGACGGCGGACACUGAACACAUCCAUACGAUCAUCCUCGUGUGUGUGUGUGUGUGUGUGUGUGUGUGUGUGUGUGUGUGUGUGUGUGUGUGUGUGUGUGUGUGUGUGUGUGUGUGUGUGUGUGUGUGUGUGUGUGUGUGUGUGUGUGUGUGUGUGUGUGUGUGUGUGUGUGUGUGUGUGUGUGUGUGCGCGGGCGUCUAUGUUGUGUCUCCAUAUUUCAAUCACACACAGCAGAGUUGGACUUUCUGACGACAAUGCUUGGAGUUUCUUCACUUCAAGUGCUGGAGCUUCAUUUGACAUUUUUGAUUAAAUCUGAUCUGUCUUCCUGAUCCAACCUCACUAGAUGAGACCACACAUAUAGCUUCCUCGCGAAGCAGCUCAGCUAAACCAAGACUGGUAAAGUGGGAUGUUUAUCAAACAUACUGCUUCUUGCUCGACUGGCACUGUGAACACUCCCCCAGGAAAUGGAACAAUUAUGGACAAAAACAAGUUCUCCGCUGCUUCUUUUGCUUCAGUUAGAAAUAGAAAAGGAGUACGAAGCCAUCAGGUCCAAUAGGUGUUCUCUUGCAUGCACUUCUCUUACCAAGGGGACACAUUUUCUUCUCCUCACAUAAUUUUUUUCAUUUUCAUUUUCAUAUUUUAUUUGUCAAAAGGAUAAUGGGGAAAUGGAUUUGUUGUGCUUUCGUGAGCAUGUGCGAUAGGCAUUUCUAGACAUUCACAUUUUCCAAGCCAUUUUGUAGGCGUUUAAGCAAUUCAAACAGGUUAGCUCAUCAUGCUACAUUCAGUUGUUUCCAAAUGCAGCCUUGACUGUUUAUUUAAAAACUGCAUGAAUGUACAGUGUUUUUACAGUAUGAAUUCUGCAUCAGAAAUGUGAUAAUCAAGAUAUUCAGAUAUAUAGUCCAAAGCUAUCAGGGAUGCAGCUGCAUAAUAGAAUAGGAAAGGCUUAACUACAUAUCCUUUAUAGACAAGAGUUCGCAAAUAAUGACAAAGAUGUCACCCCUCCACUUCUUACUAAAAUAUGUACAAGUGUAAUUUUAACACAUUAAUUACAUAGCCUUGCUUUAUUCUGAUUUUUUUUCAAAGAGUAUUCCUUAUUUAUUGUUCACCCAAGCAUUUAAUUGUGGUGUUAGCCUUAUAUAUAUUGUUUUGCUGCCUUUACAUUUGUCUGAAAUUUUAUUAAACUACAUUGGUGUGAAGGCAAAACAAAACAUCCUCAUUUUGGCCCAAGGGAAAGUAGACAUUUUUUCAUCACAAAAGAGGGAAAAUGAUUUUAAAAAUGAGUCUGACUUCGGAAUUCAGAGGUUUUUGUUUGCAGCCUCUGUGGCCUCCUAACAGGGUCCUCCAGAGCUGAUGGAGACAGGAAAUAAAACGAAAGAUUUAUUUGUGGGUGUAGAGCUCAACUGUUUAAGUGCCUCCCGAAAGGUGUUCGAUAAACUUAAGAGUUUAAGACUGGGACUAAAUGCAUGAUUUAUAUUGAAAGUGUCACAGGUGGUUUGGUGUAAUAUUUCUCUAGCUUAAUUGGUAUAUAUAUCUAUAUAUAGGGUCUAAAAAAACAAACCGGUAUUGGCAUGCUUAAAGAUGCAGCCUCUUUACAAAGACCCACAGCGGUACAUUUCCUCAUGAGGUUGAGUGUGUGUGCACUGUCAACUCUGUUAUCUACUUGCUGUGCUGAAGAGCAGCGGUGGAUGCUAUUGAAAUGCAAUAAGUGACUGCUUUACUGCCUGACCUCUGGGUUAGUCCCAGCAUUGAAGGUCAGAUUUUGAGAAAUUGCAAUAAUAAUAAUGUAAGAAUUAACCCAAUUUAUUAACCAAAAAGGGCCAGGCCAUGUGGUUAAUCCACCACACAGUUAGGCUAUUAAUUAUUUUCCAUUUGCCUUUUAUUUAAUCUAGUCUCUUGAUAUUGAUGAUUGUUCAAAGAUCACUGUCCAGGUCCUAAUUUUCAUCACAUGUGAUCCAAAAUGUAAUAAUAUUGUACAAUCCCUCAAGUGCUGUUUUUGUGCCUCUUUCCAGGGAGGUCAGAGUACUGUGUAGGGUGCAAGGCAGCACUGGUACAUCUGCAGCAGAGAUGUGUCUUGCUCAAGGGCACUUCAGCAAGAAAAGAAGCUGAUCUUUGAUUGUUCUUCCUAAUGGGACGUUUAGUUGGCAGCCAGAUUCCCCUCAGUGUUACAGAGACUCUUGCUUCCUGUACAGAUGUCUGACUCUCAUAAUGUUCACUGUUGAGAUUAACAUAUUGCUGUUCCUGUACCCUAAAUUGUUUUAAUUAAGUACCACAUACUCUUGUUUUCAAUUCCCAAUAGCCGCAGCGAGCACUUACUGGUGGGAGGGGGUUGAACUCAGUCUUCAUUAUGUUUAUCUCCAGACCACUGUGUGUAUUGUUUUCAAAAGGUUGUUCUAUGCAAUUAUUGUUGUUGCAAGUAUUGUUAUGCUUUUUUUCUUUCUUUCUAGACACUCUGUACUCUGCGUUUGGUAUGGUCAUUCUUUUAUUAAAAGUUUAAUAUAAUAUGUGAA